AAGAGAAUAUUGUCGGCACAUUUUGUGACAAAUGGACGACGGGUUAUACCUUAUGGUUCCAAGCCACCUCCUGUUUCCAUGUCCUGAGAUCUUCUCCCAUGGCUUGGAUGAAUUCCUAACGAACACGACGGCAUGUACUCACACCCACACCUGCAACAGUCCAUCGUCGGUCGGGACGCACACCCACACGUGCCUGCACACGCACACCCAUGUCAUGGCUUCCGGCGAGGACGAUGUGGAGCAAGAUCAGCUGAGAAAUCCCAGCCGGAAACCUCUGGGGAACCGGGAGGCCGUGCGCAAGUACCGGCAGAAGAAGAAAGCCCACGCGGCCUUCCUCGAGGAGGAGAUCAAGAAGCUCCGCGCCGCCAACCAGCAGCUGCUGAGGAUGCUGCAGGGGAAGGCGGCGCUGGAGGCCGAGGUGGUGAGGUUGUCGACCCUCCUGAUCCAUGUCCGUGGCAAGAUCGACGCAGAGAUCGGUGGCAUCCUCCUCCAUGACGAGCCUCCUGCUCCAUGUUUUGAAACUGACGCUCAGGCGGCCGCGGUCCGGGAGGACUGUGAGAUCGAUGAGAGUGGCAUCGUUUCAGGAGAACUUGGUGCUCCUGAAAUGGCGGAUUCCAUGGAUGCUGUUGCGAGCUUUGUGAACUCUGCUGCCUAAGUGGCUGACAAUGACGUUAUUCAGAGUUCUUCAUAUACAGUUUUCAGGUCUAUGGUACCUUCGGAUGCUUUUGCUACUGCUGUUAUAUUUUCCUUCCCCUGUCACAUAGCCUGUCUGAAUAAAUGGCGGCCGUGAAGUUAAACCAUGUCAAGUGCUUGAUGAAUGAUGAGCAUACGUUAUUUUUACUUGGUUUCGAUUUGUACUGUUACUUGUAUAUACUGUUGGUGUUGGAAGAAGCUAAUACAAGUAUGACCGCACAUGUUUCCUGUU